GGAGGCGGGCGGGAAAGGCAUGAACCGAAGGCUGUAUGUAACACUGGCUGGGGAAUUCUGGGAGUUGAAGUCCGCCAGGCUUAAAGUGGCCACGGUUGGAGACCCCUACUGUAGUAGAUGGCGGGGGCGGUUCAGAGCACUUGUAAGAUACCAAAAUGAGCCUACGAAAACAAACUCCAAGUGAUUUCUUGAAGCAAAUCAUAGGAAGACCAGUUGUUGUAAAAUUAAAUUCUGGAGUUGAUUACCGAGGUGUACUAGCCUGCUUGGAUGGCUACAUGAAUAUUGCUCUAGAACAGACAGAAGAGUAUGUAAAUGGACAAUUGAAAAAUAAAUAUGGAGAUGCCUUCAUCAGAGGAAAUAAUGUGUUAUAUAUAAGUACACAGAAGAGGAGAAUGUGAGCCUAUUUGAAGACGGAGUAUUUCAUAUUAACUUUUCUUAAUAAAUGUUUUGUUUUUGCCUUCUGUUCUAAAGUUGUAUAACCUGUAUGGAAAAGUUGUUUUUUAAAUGUUAAAACAAAAUGGAACAUUUUCCUGUUCCAACAUUAUUUGUAUUAUAAUUUGGAAAGAAAUAAAAAA